CUUGCCCACUCAAAAUGCCCAUUAUAAAACCCGGUGUUUGAGCUCCACGUCGACAUAAGCUUGCUUUGGUAAAGAAUCUCCUGAAGCGAAAAUAAUUUUAUUGAAACAUGAUGAAUGCGAAGAUUAUCGCUGUGUUGUUUGCAUGUUGCGUUCUGGCGAUUUUGGCUGGAUCAGCUGAUGCUGUCAAGUGUUAUGUGUGCAACACAGGGGACCCAGGUUGUGACGAUUCGUUUGAUUCUAACAAAAUGACAGCUGCAAAUAUGAAAAGCGGUUGUACGGCAUGCUCAAAAUCAAAGGGCAAAAUCCUUGGAAUUCAGGCCACAUCCAGAGAUUGCUCCCUAACAGCAGCGCCUUUUGACGGCUGUAAAUCACAGUCCGAGGCUGGCUUGAGUGGAACGGCCUGCUUCUGCAAGUCCGACCUCUGCAACUCGUCGGAUCGCGUGUCCAUUGCAACAACAUUGCUUGCACUUCCGGCACUGGCAUACAUCGCUUUCCGAUUGAGCAUUUUGUAAUAUAAACUGUAUUAUUGUAUUGUUCGUUUAAAGCAUACAAUUAUACAUGAUGUGUCCCUUACCUUGUCAUCAAGCAAAAAAAGCUAUAUUUUAUGUAUAUUGCUAAAAUGAGUAGUGUUUGUUUUUAACGACGGAUGUUUUACAUAUCACCUAAAUGUUACAUAAUUGCAUUUCAAUAACACUGCUAUAUGUAUCAUGUGAGCAUUUUAUACAAGGAAAUUAUUAUAAGUGUUUUAUGUAUUCUUAUAUCUAUGAUGCAUUAUUGUGAUCAAUGUUGUAACUAACGAUGUUCUCCAUAAAGACAGAAGACACAUUCAUUGAGUUUAACGUUUAAAGCAUGUUGUAUAAUGCACCAAAAUAAAACAUUGAAAUACA